AAGUCGCCAUUCGCGAAUUAAUUGAUUUAAAAAUUACGAAAAUUAAAACAAUAAUGCCUGGGAUUUAUUAUGACUAUUUUAUGGCUUUGAGUUUAUCCUUAGAACAAACUGAUGUGGAAAUAUUUGGAAAAGAAGAGGUUUCGACAAGUAUUUUGAAAUUCUUAGGAAAAGAAGAAAAAGACAUUGUUACUAAGGAUUUAUUAAAAAUCGUACAGAAAUUUGCUCUAUUUAUGCCACUCAACAGUUUGUGGAGAUGGGUAAGAUGGACUACACAUAAAUUUGAAUUUGAAUUUGAAUCAAUGGCGUUAUUGCGCGAAAUAAUACUUCCAUACAAGGUUUCUGAAAAGGACUUGUGGGACAACACCGGUCUAGAACACCUGUCUAUCCAUCCUAAGAAUCAUACGAAGUAUAUAUCCGAAUUAGUCCGUCUACACGUGGAAUACACAAAGAAAGCUCCGAUAUAUUGUCGCAAUUCAAUGGAUCAUAGAAUUAAAUUACGCAUUGGCCUGUUUUUGUUACGCAUUGGAGUGAUCCGUGAUAAACGUUCGUUAUGGGAAGAAAACUGGUGGGAUUUGGUAUUAGCCCAGUUUGACGAACUAAAUGUUAAGAUGAUUUAUGAGACUUUUGUAGCAAAAUGGGUAUCCUUUAAAUCCCUAACGGAUCGUUUGAGCAAACUCCAGGAAGAGCCUCCGAACUUCCAGCUAUCAAUAAUAUCUGUCGCGCACUAUUUUUGUAGAUUGUAUGACGAUAUGACAGAUAUUUUGCCGAUAUUCAAUUUACUUUGGGAUCAGACAAAGGACACUAUUGCUGACAUUCGUCGCUUUGCUUUGUUGGGCAUAUAUACCUGGAUAGAGGAGUAUGAGAGAAGUGAAGAGGAGAGAGGAAGGAGCAUAGAAAAGCUUGUGAAAGAAUAUGAGAAACUUGGAAAAUGGACACAACCAAUAAUACAACAACUGAAAGAAGAAGAUGAGAAACUUGGAAAAUGGAGACAACAAAUAAUACAAGAACUGGGAGAAGAGUGGGAAGAUCAUCGAGCUAAAGAAAUAAGACUUUGUCUAAACCCGAUCAGCAAAAAUGUGAUUGAAGAUAUAUUUUAUAUGACAUUUGGUCCAUUCGAGGAAUGCAAGAUUUCUGACGAUUCAAAAUUUUCAAACAACAUUAAGAAGUGGCAUGAAUUCUAUAAAGAGGAAGCGCGAAGAAUGAUAGCUUUUCCAAAUGCUGAAGAAGAUUUAUCAGCCAUUAGCAGUGAAUAAGCUUUGAAAAUGAACACACAUGCACACGUAUGUGUUUCUUGUAUUGAUGUCAUUUUUAAUACCCUGUACCCCAUGCCACCGUACUCCAUGAUCUGAAGAUUGAUUAAAUUCGGCACACUAUUGGCAUAGGAAUGAAUUUUCCACCAAUGCUGAUUUAAAUUAAAAGAAUGGAGAACGGGAAAAAUGGUGGGUAGAGGGUAUUAAAGAGUCGAGCUGCCACAAAUUUAAAUAAAAUGUAUAAAAUGUGUAUAAAUAAAGGUAUACUAAAAAUAAA